CAACUGUCAUAAUUUCCCGCGCAAAGUCAACAACGAUAGCACAGCGCAGCUCAUAGACAGAAACGCGGCAACAACAGACUGCAUUUUUUUUUUGUAAUUAACAAAAGUGCUAAAAUAAAAUAUGUCAAGUCCCGCUCGUUCACCGAAUGUGAGAGGUGCUACACCAAAGCAAGGAGCGCGAACGCCAACGCGAAGAAUCGCUACGCAGGAUGUGGAGACGCCAAUGCGCAUGGGUCCAGGACGGCAGCCAGGCAGGCCCUCGGACAACAUAAGUCUGCCACCCACAUCGCCGGCCAACAUCAGCUUGCCGGCAACGAGUCCGGCGCGUGGCUUGGGCGGCAUGAGUGAGAUUGACUUGAGUUCGCCGCUCAACUAUGGCACGCCGAGUUCCAUGGGCUCGAUACGCACGCCACGCUCUGGAAUACGCGGCACUCCACUACGUGCACGUCCAGAUAUACGCACGGAUAAGCGCAUUCGCCAAGUGGCUAUUGGUGGCGCCUCGGGGCUCGAUACCAUACCAGAGAAGGGCUCGGAGACCACAGACCCAGUGUCGGAGGCUUCAGCUGGACCCCAGCUGGUUGUCUGGGGCACCAAUGUUGUCGUCAGUCAAUGCAAGUCCAAAUUCAAAUCAUUCAUUAUGCGCUUCAUAGAUCCGAGUGCCGAACAGGAUGAGAUUUCAGAGAAUAUUGAUGUAAAUCAGCCGUUGUACUUGCAAAAGCUGGAGGAGAUUCAUACCUUGGAGGAACCAUAUUUAAAUCUGAAUUGCUCCCAUCUGAAGACUUUUGACCAGGACUUGUAUCGCCAGUUGAUUUGCUAUCCACAGGAAGUUAUACCUGGCUUCGAUAUGGCCAUUAAUGAAAUGUUCUUUGAACGUUAUCCAGCUGCGCUUUUGGAGCAUCAGAUCCAAGUGCGUCCGUUCAAUGCGGACAAAACGCGUAACAUGCGCUCCCUGAAUCCCGAGGAUAUGGAUCAAUUGAUCAGUACUAGCGGCAUGGUCAUUCGCUCUUCUAACGUCAUACCUGAGAUGCGUGAAGCAUUCUUUAUGUGCAACAUUUGCUCCUACAGCACUACUGUCGAAGUGGAUCGUGGUCGCAUUGCACAGCCAACGCUCUGCACCAACUGUAACACGAAUCACUGCUUCCGAAUCAUUCACAAUCGUAGUGAAUUCACCGACAAACAGCUCAUUAAGUUGCAGGAGUCGCCUGAUGAUAUGGCUGCUGGUCAGACACCACACAAUGUCAUGUUGUAUGCCCACAAUGAUCUGGUGGAUCGAGUGCAGCCUGGUGAUCGUGUCACUGUCACUGGCAUCUAUCGUGCCAUGCCCCUCAAGGGCAAAGGUCUCAAUGUGAAGAGUGUGUACAAGACGCACAUCGAUGUCGUUCAUUUCCGCAAGGUGGACAACAAACGACUCUAUGAGGAGGAAGAGGGUAAGGAUCAUAUUUUCCCUCCAGAGCGUGUUGAGCUGCUCCAAUUGCUAUCCAAGAAGCCCGAUAUCUAUGAUCGUUUGGCGCGUGCAAUUGCUCCUUCAAUUUAUGAGAAUGAUGACAUUAAGAAGGGCAUUCUGCUCCAGCUCUUUGGCGGCACCAAGAAGAAACACGCGACACUCGGUCGCCAGAACUUUAGAUCAGAGAUUCAUCUGCUGCUAUGCGGUGAUCCCGGCACAUCCAAGUCACAAAUGUUGCAGUAUGUCUACAAUCUAGUGCCACGCUCUCAAUACACAUCGGGACGUGGUUCAUCCGCUGUGGGCUUGACUGCCUAUGUGACCAAGGAUCCAGAGACACGUCAACUUGUCCUGCAGACUGGCGCUCUUGUGCUGGCGGACAAUGGUGUCUGUUGCAUCGAUGAGUUUGAUAAGAUGAACGAUUCGACGCGCAGUGUGCUCCACGAGGUCAUGGAACAGCAGACUUUGAGUAUUGCCAAGGCUGGCAUCAUUUGUCAACUUAAUGCACGCACUUCCAUACUGGCUGCAGCCAAUCCCGCCGAGUCGCAGUGGAAUAAGCGCAAAAACAUCAUCGACAAUGUGCAGUUGCCGCACACGCUGCUGUCGCGUUUCGAUUUGAUCUUCUUGGUGCUGGAUCCGCAGGAUGAGCUCUUCGAUAAGCGCUUGGCUAGCCAUUUGGUAUCGCUGUACUAUGUGACACGCCACGAGGAGGAGGACACCAUGUUUGAUAUGAGCGUGCUACGCGAUUACAUUGCCUAUGCUCGUGAACAUCUUUCGCCCACACUAUCAGAUGAGGCGCAGCAGCGUUUGAUUCAGGCAUACGUCGAUAUGCGUAAAGUUGGCGCUGGUCGCGGCCAAAUCUCUGCCUAUCCUCGACAGUUGGAGAGUUUGAUUCGUCUUUCGGAGGCCCAUGCCAAGGUGCGUCUUAGCAAUGAGGUGGAGCUGCGGGAUGUGGAGGAAGCUUGGCGACUGCAUCGUGAGGCCUUGAAACAAUCGGCUACAGAUCCAUUGUCGGGUAAGAUUGAUGUGGGCAUUUUGACCACCGGAUUGUCUACAGCCGCACGCAAGAAACGCGCUGAUCUCGUUGCUGCUAUCAAGGAAAAUCUCAAGAAAAAGGGCAAGGUGCCUACCGUUCCCUAUCAAAAACUAUUCAAGGAGAUCAAGGAAGGCUCCCAAAUUAUGAUUACACGCGAGCAGUUUGAAGAUGCUCUGAAGGAAGUACAAGAUGAGGGCGCCAUUGUUGUUAUGGGCAAAAAUACCAUUCGAAUUUGUUAAUUUCAUUACAACACACACAAAACAUUUCAUUCAUUCCUAAUGUUAAGCUUGAAAAUUAA